UUUGAAAAUUCUUUUUAUGAUAAUAAAAUAUUAAAGUAAAAUUACAUUAUUGAUUACUUUAUAGAAGUCUCGAUAAUAUCAAACAUGGCGCUUGGAUGGAAUCCAUCAAAGAAACACAGCGAUCGUGAAAGAUGGAUUUGUAUUUAUCCAGUUUAUCUAAACAGCAAAAGAACGUUAGCAGAAGGACGAAAACUUGCAAAAAAUAAAUGUGUUGAAAAUCCAACACAUCAAGAAAUUCGUGAUGUUUUGGUAGCAGCUGGUUUUAAUGUUGGGGUAGAAAAUAAAUUACAUCCACGAGAGCGUAGCAAAGAAUUAUUAUAUCGUGGACGCAUCCGCGUACAAUUAAAAAAUGACGAUGGUACUCCUGUAAAAUCUGAAUUUCCUACUAGAGAUUCUGUUUUGGCUUAUGUAGGUACCACUAUUCCAAAAUUAAAAACCCGCCAAGGAAAGCAUUCAAGUGGUGAACAGUUUUCACAACCAUCAAGUUCAUCAUCGAAGAAAGGAAAAGGAAAGGGAAGGAGGUGAUAAAGUGUGAAAUAACAAAUACUAAAAAAAUUAAAACUUAAAAAUAUUUUUUAUGUGUGUAUUCUAAUAUUAAAAUAAGAAUUAUUUUCAUAUAAGAAAGAUUAUAUUAUCUUCAUAUCAUCUGACAAAUAGUUUUGAACUGAAUAUUACCCAUUUAUAUAAACAUUUAAUAUAAUCAUUAAUUAAUAAUAUUAAAAUUCCAUAUUUAUAUAUAUUUUUAAAAAUUUUUAACAAAUUAUUUUAUUCGUUAAUUUUUAUUCGUUAU